UCUGUUUUGACAUUUGCCUUUGACAGAUUUUAAGGUUAGAAAAUUAUAACACUAUCUUCUGUGAACUUGGGGUUUCAUUUGCAAAUCGAGCAAACAGAUUUUCCAUAUUAAAAUCUUCGGCCGCAUUACAUAACUUUGCCUGCAAAAAUGUCUCAAGCUCCAGUUCGUGUAUCUCCUUUGAUCAAAUUCGGCAGAUGGUCCCUGUUGACCCUUGGCAUUGGCUAUGGUGCCUUCCACCAGAACCGCUUGGCCAAGAAGGAAGAGAAGGUUCGUGAAAUCGAAGCCCAACAAAAGGUGGUCCGUGACGCCAAAUUGGCUGAGGAGAAGAAGAGAAGUGCCGCCGCUGAAAUCCGUGCUUUGGAGGAAUUGAGCAAACCCUCCAAAAAGGCAUAAGCCGCAUCAUGGAUGACAAAUGUCGAUUCAAGUUUAAUGUAAAUUUUUUUUAGUUCAUAUUCAAUUAAAUUACAAAAACUAAACGA